AUGUUCGACGUUAUCACAUUAUCUCAAUUCCUUUCUAUCCAGGAGAAGGGUGUCUCAGCAUGGUCCUUUGAGCCAGACUACGAAACUAUUAAUUCACCUUUGGUUCAUGCUCGCAUGGAAAUCACUUUCCUUCCCAAUCCUGCAUCCGCCUCGCGCGUGCAGUUAAAUUUACCCCUACUCAAAUUGAACGAGGUCUACUAUUGGGAAAUCAAGAUGUUUGAUCUUCCCGAAACUACUACAGUUGCCAUUGGACUGGCCACCAAACCCUACCCACCUUUCCGACUUCCAGGUUUAAACCCUUUCUCCAUCGCUUACCACUCCAACGGUGGCAAGUGUUACAAUUAUCCCUUCACUGCAUCACCAUUCGGUCCUCUACUCAAAGGGGAUGUUCCUGGCAUUGGUUAUCGUCCUCACCCAAAAACCUCUGAACUCUACAAUGAAUUCUACUCAUCCUCCCGUACUAGUCGUAAGUGA